CCGUGGCGGCGGCGGCCCUGGGCGGCCGGAGGACGAUGACGAGCGGCGGCGGCGGCGCGGCGUCCGCGCCCGAGCCAGAGCCCGAGCCCGCGGCCUGCGAGCGGCGCUGAGACUCCCCCGGAGCGCUACCAUGGAAAAGCCCUGGAUGCUGUGGAGCGUCGUGGAAAGGUGGCUGCUCGCCAUAGCCUCGUGGUCGUGGGGCGUCUGCCGCAUCUCCCUCCUGCCUCUGAUCGUGACUUUCCACCUGUACGGGGGCGUUCUCCUGCUUCUGUUGAUCUUCAUCUCAGUGGCGGGCAUCCUGUACAAGUUCCAGGAUGUGCUGCUCUAUUUCCCAGAGCAGCCGUCCUCGUCCCGCCUCUACGUCCCCAUGCCCACGGGUGUCCCCCACGAGAACGUUUUCAUCCGAACCAAAGACGGCGUGCGCCUGAACCUGAUCCUCAUCAGGUACACUGGCGACAACUCGCCCUACUCCCCCACCAUCAUCUAUUUCCACGGCAACGCUGGCAACAUUGGGCACCGCCUGCCGAAUGCCUUGCUGAUGCUGGUGAACCUCAAGGUCAACCUCUUGUUGGUGGAUUAUCGGGGCUACGGCAAGAGCGAGGGGGAGGCCAGCGAGGAGGGACUCUACCUAGACUCCGAGGCUGUGCUGGACUACGUGAUGACGAGGCCCGACCUCGACAAGACUAAGAUCAUCCUCUUCGGCCGCUCUCUGGGCGGCGCCGUGGCCAUCCACCUGGCCUCCGAGAACGCCCACAGGAUCUCGGCCAUCGUGGUGGAGAACACGUUCCUCAGCAUCCCGCACAUGGCCAGCACUUUAUUCUCCUUCUUCCCCAUGCGUUACCUCCCUCUAUGGUGCUACAAAAACAAGUUCCUGUCGUACAGGAAGGUGUCCCAGUGCAGGAUGCCGUCCCUGUUCGUCUCGGGGCUCUCGGACCAGCUCAUCCCACCCGUGAUGAUGAAGCAGCUCUACGAGCUCUCGCCGUCCCGGACUAAGCGACUGGCCAUCUUCCCGGAGGGGACGCACAACGACACCUGGCAGUGCCAGGGCUACUUCACUGCCCUUGAGCAGUUCAUCCGAGAAGUGGUCAAAAGCCACUCCCCCGAAGAAAUGGCCAAGACGUCCUCCAGCGUGACCAUCAUCUGACGCGCUCCACAUGCGCCUGGUGGGCAGAGCGUUCCCCCUUACAAGUGUACUUGUCUGAGCGCGACAUUCAGACGAGGCAAGGACCUCACCGCUCCUCGACGAUGAUCCAAAUAGUUUUUUACAUUUCGAGAACUCGGUUUCUUGGGAUUAUUUUACACGUUUUCAUCAAGCCUUCCGGGGUGUUGCGUAUCCUUCUCUUUGUUUAGUAUGCCAAUAUAAGAGCAGAUUAUAUCCACAUGUUUCUUUUGGCUGAAGUGGUUUGUCUCUUUGACACUUAGAUGAAUGGUUGGGCGUGGAAGGAAACUCAUAAACAGAAACUUUUGGUUAUUAUUCUUUCGUAAACACGGGGACAAUCAUGAUUAGCAAACUUAGUUGUGUAACUGCAUUUUCACCUUAAAGUUAAAACGAAGUGCAUGAUGGUAUUUUAUUCCUUGAAUUAUGCAAUGCAAUGUUUUUAGUGUAAAUAGCACUGGUUAUUUACCAAUGUUCAUGGUAACCUGAGUUAUAUCUAUUUUUAUGUCAAUUAUUUUGUUUCAGCAAGAAGUAAAAUUGAGGCCUGUAUGCAAGUUGCCGUUUGAAAUUUGCUCUGGUGAAUGCUGAGAUCCAGCUUUUUCUUACAAAGAAAGGGGACCCCAUUUUCCAGUCUAAAUGGACCACGCUUUGUUAGGUACAGUCUGGAUCAGGGCAUGUAAACAUAAAAAUGUAGAACUUUAUUGCAGCUUUAAUGUGCAUAUUUGAACUUUUUAACAUUUGUAAUUUUGGUGGCAAAGAGAAUUUUAGCUUCUGUCAAUUUUGUAAGUCUACAGCCAAACCAUGAAUAGAGAUGAUAAUGGAGAUUAGCACUUGUCUAAGAAUUAGAAAGUAUUCUCGGAACAUGAUUGUACAUACUAUUUUACACAAAGUCCCUCGCUCGAUUUUUAAGUCCCAGUAUCUAGGUAGAUCUCAAUCCGUGAAGCCAAGACACAUUGAUUGGGUUUUCUGAAAAUAAAAGUUAGAGAAGCAAAAGGAACUAUAUUCUUUGGUUUAAUGUUUUAGUUGCUGUGAACUAGAUUCCUAAGUCAAAAGACAGUUUGAGAGAUGGUACCUAUUUUCCAGAUAUAGGGUGGUGAGGAUGAAGAAGCUCUCGAACUUGUCUUGCAGAACCUAAGGCCACUUUGAAUUGGCUGGAAGCAGGGAGUAGUAUUUAGGCAGGUAAAAGAGGAGGCAAAAGCCCUUACUGAUAAAAGGAAAAGCCUCUUUAAAACUGCAGGUUUUACCUUAAAAAAAAUUAUAAUAUAUAUAUAAACUAUAAGACAUAAUUGUGCUAAGUUGUUUCAACCUGUCCUCAAAAAUUAGAUGUAAUUGAGCUUUAUAUCUUAAGUCAGCUUAUAACAUAUAAUAUUUUGAAUAUUUUGGCUAUAUUAGCUUUGUAAAAGCAGUUAGAGCAGAAAAAAAUAGGUCAGUAAACGUGACCUUAAUUUAAAACCUUCCCAUGAAGAUAGGGCUAGAAGUACUUUUGCCAAAUAACAUUGUUUUCAUUCACUUUAUGUCAGUAUUUAGAAAGGAAAAAAAAACUAUAGUAAGUAUGAUUUAUAAAGGAUACUGUUUUGUUAUAAUACUGUAAAAAAAAAGUCUUGUUUUUGAAAAAACAUUGGUGAUGCAUAUCAUGAGAGGUGUAUUUUCUAUGCAUUCAGAUUAAAGGUUACUUUUCAUCUUGUCAAUCAUUGCCAUGUAGAGUCUUCAGCAGUAACGUAUUAAAAAGAAAAAAAAGUUAAAAAGCAAAAAGUAAUGAAUUUUGCCAGGCACCUGGGGGCCUGUCACUGUGGAGAGUCUGUGACACUCACCAGGCCCAUCAGCCCCCACGGCUCUCAGCCAGCCGUGGGACACUCCAGCGGGACACCGCGGGGGUAAGCUCAGAGUCUGCAUUCACCAGUGUUUUAUCUAUUUUUAACUUAAACUCCAGCUUCAGAGGCAGAUUUUUCCCUCCACCUCGGAGCUCAGAAGAGGCCCCAUAUCCGUGUCCCCCAAAGACCCUUCUGGCCACGAAGGCAGGAGCCCCUUGAGGCCCCGUGCACUGUGCUUUCCCUGCCUCUGUGUGAGACCGUGCAUGGGAGGGGAAGGGAUCAGACAAUUGGCUUUUGUCAGGCUCCAGGAGGAAUGUGGCCUCCUCUUCCCCAAAACCUGUUUACCUUGUGGCCGCACCAGCGGGUCCCCAAUGAAUUCUCCAUCCUGUGGCUCCCUCCUCCUGCCCCAUCCUGGAGUGGGGAACAAGCAUGCUCGUGCUGUGGGUAGAUUUCUGCUACUUGCAUUCUGGAGCACCUGGAGGAGUCCAGGAAUGGACUUUUUAAGUUAGUAACUGAAGUUUGGAAAUCUUGCAUGAUUUCACAGAUGCCGAGACACAACUCCUGUUAAGAGCCAUUAUUUUAAAGGGGCCAUUGGAGAGGAAAGUGGCAAUAAAAGACUUGAGAAAGUUUUAUUGGAAAAUAUAGGGAAAACUUUAUUUUUCCCAUCAAUAAAUACUAAUAGGAGCGGAUAAGAAAGGGAAGUGUUCUGGAAAACGACCCUUGAAAUUGGACCUAACUCUGGCUCUCGCCAUUAACAGCUGCCCUGGGCUUUUGCAUAGACUUCCACCGUACAAUUUGGUAUUUUUGUUAGAACAGCUCUCUGGAUUUUGUCACAAGGCAGCCUGAGUCUGUUUUUAUGAUGAUCUGCAGACGUUUGAUAACGAUAGGACUCUAGCUUUGGUUCUUCUCACGGUGAUCACAUUGUAAUGAGUACUUCCUGUUGUAAUCCUUCCGUCGGAAACCCAUGCCACUGGAUGUUUUCAGUUCUGGUUCAUGUUUGUUUCUUACAUUUGUGAGAUUUGGCUUGCAUUGGGAAUAGGCUUACUUGGUGGAUUUGGAACAUAAAGGCCAUAGUCAAUUUUCUACCAGUUAUCUUGCGAGGUCAGCCAAGCCAGUUAGGUAAUCCCUUCCUCAAGGCGAGGGGAUAAUUAUGGUGAAUUUCUGAAACCAAUGUCACAGAACCUUUUUUGAUCAGGCCAAGAUCGAGAGGAAAUUCUCAUUGACCUUUCCUCUGCUCCCUUUUUUUCUAUUAUGUUUAACAACAAUUGUGAAAAAUAAAACUGUGAAGAAAUUAGUGAUAAUGCUUUUAGAUUAUCCACUUAAAAAGUUAUGUAUUUUCAUGUCACUCAGGUAAAGUUGGAAAUGACAGAGCACAGACAUCUAUUUUUUAAAUUAAUAGGGGAAAAAUAGAAAAGUACUUCUGUUUAUUUAUAUUGCCAUAUAUGCAUAUAUCUUAGCAAAUCAGAAAUAAUAUAUUCAUUUCUAUGGCAACAAAUAAAUGCAUUCAUCCUAGUAGUAGUCAACACAUUUUGCCAAAUGGCACAAAUAUACCUCCAUUUAUAUUUUAUAUCUUUAAAAUGUAGUUUUAAAAAUAGGACUAUGUAUAAGACACUUUUUUUACAAAAAGUGCCAUAUAUACAUAUGUAACAGGGAUGAGUGUGUGUUUAGCAUAAUUUAUAACAAUUUGUCAGUACAGCAUAUACUGAAAAUUUUAAGUUAUUUUCAACAUAUCCAAGUAUGUUCAGGAUAAAUUAAGCCAGUUUCAUAAUGUAAAUCAUAUUUUUGUUAUUUGCCAUAUUUUAUUUGAAGCAGUAAUAGAAUUUUAUAACUCAAAUUUGAAUGUUACAUUAUAGCUAACCAUGGCAAGCAAAGAUUUGGUUUUUUUUUUACAGUACAUUUCUUUAAAAAUAUACUUUCUAUUUUUCUGUACUGACAUUUGCAAUAAAUUGAUACAUUAAAAGUUUGAUUAAUGUCUUAAGAUAUUCAGUCUUUUUUAUUUUCUAUUCAUCUAAGUUACAUGAUAGGACACUAAUGAUUCUUGAAUGAUUAAAUAAAGUUCCUGAAUUUGUACUGAAACUGAUGAGUUUGCUGCAAUACUGGUGUGGAUAAAAACAGUAGAAGUUAGGCUUAUAUUCCAUUCCCUCACAUUAUCCUCCCAUAUAUAUUUAAUUUAGAAUAAGAGACUUUGUGUAUGAAACCCCUUGUGCGCGAAUAGGCCCCAAAGUGUUUGAUGAAAUCAGUGACUCUGGGAGUGAAUAAAUUUGAACUGUUGACAGUC